AUGAUACGUGAUCGCAACACUGGCCGCGCAGAUUUCAUCUUCUACAGCAACCGCAUAAUCCGUCUGCUUGUUGAAGAAGGCCUUAACCACCUGCCAACAGAGUCUCAGGAGAUCACCACCCCUGUAGGCCGCACUUACUCCGGUGUCAAGUUCGAGGGCAAGAUCUGCGGUGUCUCGAUUAUGCGUGCGGGAGAGUCCAUGGAGCAGGGUUUGAGGGACUGCUGUAGGAGCGUACGCAUAGGAAAGAUCUUGAUUCAGCGGGACGAGGAGACUAGUAAGCCGAAAUUGUACUACGACAAGUUGCCUGAGGACAUUGCCGACAGAUGGGUCUUGUUGCUGGAUCCUAUGCUGGCUACUGGUGGUUCGGCACUCAUGGCGAUCGAUGUGCUCAAGUCGCGGGGCGUGCCAGAGGAGCACAUUCUCUUCCUCAACCUCAUUGCCAGCCCAGAAGGCGCGCAAAACCUUGCGGAUAAGUUCCCCAAGGUGAGAGUGGUCACGGCCUUUGUUGAUGCGGGUCUGGACGAGAAGAACUACAUUGUCCCUGGACUGGGUGACUUUGGCGACCGUUUCUACACCAUGUAA